AUGGCGGUUAAUAUCUACGUAGGCGACAAGCAAAUUAUGAUUGGAAAAGCGCGUUUAUCUGUUAAAAUCAUCAAAGUACUAAAUAUGACAAUCUAUGAGUUUAAUCCCUUCUCUAGUCGUUUUAUUCUAUCAGUAUGCGUAAUGAACGAGCACAACAAUUCCCAAACCUAUGGCUCAAAGUUUUUAAAGAAUGUUAACGGAUCAUUUUAUUGCGUAAAUCCUCUUUGCCCUUUGUUGUCGCAAGCAAGAUCGACGCAGGUCUCAGAUCGACUCAGUGAUUUAGCAAUUUGUGUUUCCGGCCUGUCUACAUUGAUAUUUGGAGAGACUCUUCCACAAUUCAAUCAUAAGCUCAGCGGAUCUAAUGCUGAUAAAUUCACGACAAAUGCUGCCGAUUUUCUGAGCACGAAACAAGGUCAAACUCAAUUGAGUUCGACAGGAAGUGAUAUAGAACACUUUUUAAAGGAAGGGGGAGCUAUAAUAUGCGGUUAA